AUGGAAAGACCUAGCCCCAGUGACAUGAUGCCCAAGAGGGAUCAUGGCAGGGACGUGGAGCUGGACAAGAAGAUUGAGGCCCUCCGCAGGAAGAAUGAAGCGCUCAUGAAGAGGUACAAGGAGGUAGAGGAAGACAAGAAAAGGGCAGAGGAGGACGGAUUGGCACUGCAGAGCCUUAAGGGCAAAGCUGAGGAUCUCACCAUCACGAUCAACAAGUCCACCAGUGAUAGUCGUGUGGUGGUGACAAAGCCAUUCAGCGGUGGUUCAGCAGCUGGUAAAGGACAGCAGGAGGCGGGGCCUGACAGGGGGGGAGAGGGCCCCUCGCAGAGUGCUGCCCAGGGCCACAGGAAGCAGUUAACAGUCACCAUGGCAGGAAAAACGGGUAAGAGGGUCGUGAGUGAGAGGCCUGAGAAGAGGCCGGACGCCGCAGACGUCAAGAGCCCUACGGAAGAUGGACCGCCGAGGGGCGUAGAGUCAGCUGGGAGGGGGAAGCAACCACCUCACACGAACAAGAGAAGCACAGAGAGUGUCACAGACCUGGACAUCCCCACACAGAAAGAAGAGCAGGAGGAAUAUCUGAGGUGGAAGAAAGAGCGCGAGCAGAUCGACAAGGAGAGAGUGGCUCGGCAUAAAAACGCAAAGGGCCAGUGGAGAAGGGCAUGGGACGUGGACAAGACUGAGACCAUGUUUUCAGACAAAUCCCUGCCUGAGAGAGACUGGGGGACUUGUAGCAGAGGUGGAAGAGGUGCUAAAAGAGGACAACCCAGGGCAAAUGUGGACCCAAGAGGACGUGAGAAGCGAGGAAAAGACAAGGACGCUAAAAAAGUUCCGGUGGUGAGCAGCAAAGCUAAAGGCAAAGAUCGCUUGACUGGGAGGGCCAGGAGAUGGCUGGCAGGUGAAGAGGGAGAGAACCUACAGAUGUCUGAUACAACAUUGGAGGAAUUCCUGGAGGAACUUGAUGCCCUCACAGAUGUUGACGUAGAGGAUCAUACAGGUGAGGACACAAAAACGAAGCUGUCGCCCAGCUCAGAUCUGCAGAGCGUGUCUGAGGAAGUGAGUGGAUCCGCAGCCCCCGUGUCAGAGGUCAUGUCUCCACGGAGCCCAGAGAAGAAAGUACGCUUCUUGGAGGAGCUCAUCCAGGGAGCUCGUACGAGGCAAACGGCAGGUUCUCAGGACUCUGCCAGCUCGGAAUCGAACUUAAAAGCUUCAUCACCUAAAAAUAACAAACAGGAAGUGCAAGGGCCACAGCAGCCUUUUGAAAGUGCCAAGAAGGAUGACGGAAGUCCUCAGGAUCAGGGCGAUGAUCCGUCUGCUCCUCCUGUCGCCCAGUGGGAGUCGUAUGAAAUUGAUUGUACUAAAAAUGACAGCAACCCCCCCACAUCUCCCAACUCGCCCCCUGCCGAAAAAGCCUGUGCCUCUCCAGAGAAGGCCUCUCUCCAGCCUGUAGAGCUUGCUAAGUGCAAUAUCAGCAACACAAACACAGAGGAGCUUAUAGACCCUGGUCUGUCUGUCCUGAGCCUGGAGUCAGGAGAAGCCCACCCGACACAUUGUGCCAGCAGCGACAAGGCGAGAGAACACGGGAAGAUUGUCUGA